UAUAUGUAAGAGACCCGUCAGAUGUCGCGUCAGUCCCCCACACGACACCACCAGAGGCAGGGUAUAGCAUGAGGGUCGAGAACUCCAGUCGACAAUUUUCAAUGGGGCACCGUAGAAGUAGUGGUCGUUCAGCUGGAAAUUCCUUUCUAGCUAGCAGGAAGAAUUCAAACAGAGCAAGUCAAACAGAUGGAUUGAGGCCACUGCACCCUUCAAACAAUUUGCCUCAACCCAGCCCUCGGCGUCGGCCCAGCCCACGACGGCGACCCAGCCCCCGGCGCAGGCUCAGCCCCGGGCGCAGCCCCCAUCCCAGCCCCCGGCGCAGCUCCCGUCGUCGGCCUAGCCCUCUGCGUCGACUAGACCCUCUAAUCAACAAACCCCCUCAUCAUCAAACACGUAUUUUAAACUGUAAUAAUGACGGCAACCACAGGAGCUGCACACCAAAACAAGACAUAAGAGGCACCCCAUCUCAUUUUAGUCCAAAGCAGACUUCGUUAUGGAGAGAGUGUGAAGAUGGUGGCGGCAGCAGCAGCUGUUGCAGUACUAGCACUGUUACCUUGAGCACAAAUAGCAUUGGUAAUUGUAAUGAGAGCAGUAGCAGCAACGACAGUAAUACCAAUGGAAGCGGCAACAGUAAGAAAACUGGCAGGGCAAUACCAGCUCGUCCAUCCAAUCCCUUGCGCUACAAAACGGAGUUGUGCAGAAGCUUUGAAGAGAAUGAAGUUUGCAAGUUUGGAAGCACUUGCACCUUCGCUCAUGGACUGAAUGAACUACGUGCUGUGCCUCGUCAUCCCCGCUACAAGACGGAUCUGUGCCGCACCUAUCAUAGUUUAGGUUACUGUCAGUAUGGGACUCGCUGUCACUUCGUUCAUGACCUAGAAGAGGCUGCAGGAAUAUCUCCCAUGAGAGGUCACAGACUGCGUUCUCGACAAGAUAGACUAGGUUCAGCGUUAUUGGCCUUGGCUAAAAAUGCUGGCGUUUCUCCCGACCCAUCUGCUAGUGAUGUUCUUUUAGCAAACUUGCGGCGGCUCUAUGCAAUUAGAAUUAUGGAAGGAAAUUCUGAUGGCUCCGAUGCAUCUGGAACUUUAAUUGGGAAUGCAAUAGACAAAAUAACAAAGACUGAACUAGAGCAAAUUCCAUCCAGGAUAAGAGUUUCUUCCACUGGCAGUAGUAUCUUGGAUAAUUCACUGGGCUCUUUGGCAGAGACCAGUGAAGAGUGGAGUGUGGACAAAAGUGUGGGUGCAUGUGUGGACAAAAGUGUGGAUGCAUGUGUAGACAAAAGUGUGGAUGCAUGUGCAGACAACUCUGCUGAGGAAAGCGUGUGGUCAGCUUAUUCUGAUGUGUGUACCUCUCCUCCAGGAGAUAGCUGGUGGGAAUCUUGGUUUAGCAUAUUAACACCACCUCUUUCGCCAGAUUAUGACGACUCUUUGGAAUUGCUUUCUUCAUUUGCAUUCCCAGAAUGUAAAAUAGUAGAAAUAAGCUCACGUGGGGCCGAACCUCUGAUUUCGAAUCCAAUGGAAAUGUCUCGUAGACUUCGGCUGCCUUCUAUUACAGAGCUUUCUAAAAAUAAUGCAUUGAUUUAAUUGGUUUUAUUAAUUUCAAUUUCUAAUUUCAAUGAAGGAAUAAUGCUUUAAUUGUAAUUGAAAUUUCUAUGGUAUGCUAUAGAUUAUUGCUUUUAGUAAAAUAUUUCUUUAGAGUAAGACUCGCUAAAUAUUUAAUAUUUGCCAAGUAUUCGGUGGGAUUGCAUUAAUUCUCCUGUCCUGGAGGAUAAUGCAACUAGGAUAAUGUAGACCCGAAGUAUACUUUUUUCUUUUAGUUAGUUUUUAUGGAACACUUUUGUACAUUAUAUUAUUUUUAUCUUCCAAUGCUUUUUAUUCUUAAGGACUGUCUUAAUUUUUCUAAGACCAUUAAAAAUUCCUAAUGAAGUGUGUGUGUGGUCCGGUGAAACUGUAACUUGUAUUAAUAAUUGUGACGAUCUCCUAUGGAGAUAUUUAUCCAGGUAAUACUUCUGUGCCUACUAAGGACAAUAAAUGUUUUUUUUUUCUA